UGGUUUUUAAAUUAGGAUUUAGGAAAUGGAGCAAGCUGGAGUAGAUAUAAACAUUGCAGAUUUCGAGUUCUUUGAAUCAGGUGAUUCUUCAAAUGCUGAAUUGAAUGAUAAAUCAAAGGUCGGGUGAUAUAUGUACUGCAAUGGGAACUUAUUGGACAUGAUGAUCAUUUCUGUUCAAGAGCAAACUUUGAGUAUCAAAUUCACAGAUCCUUCUCAGAUCCUUCAAAUUGUAGUUAAGGAUUUAGCUAAAGAUGAAGUUAAAUAUGGUUCCAUCUCAAUCGAAGCAGGACUGUUCAUGGACAAUGCUUCAUCAAAUUCUAACAGAGUAUGGAUAACUCUUUUUGAUCACUUGGAUGAUGACCUCUAUGAUGGAGAUUUCACAUAUAACGAUUCAGAUUCUCCCAGGAUCCUUAUUCAAUAUCAGCUGGCUGGCAUGACUCCUUCACAAUCAACAAAUCAAUCAAUCACUUCUUAUGAGGAGCAAAGCACUGGAGUUAAAUAAAACAGUGACUACAACUGUGACAAGAACUACGACAAGUGCGAGUAAAGUUGUUAGUAGUUCCCAGAUACAAGAGCAUCCAAUUGAAAGUGUUGUCACUGAGACAACUCAGCAAUAUAUUGAGGCUUCGAAUGCCAGGACAGCUCCCUAUCAACCUCAGCUUCAAUUUGAAAUAGAUGGAGAGCCUCAUAACAGCAAUGGCUAUAACAUGAGACAUGCUGAGGAAGAACUCCAUGUUUUGAAUCAGAAUCUGAUCCAAGAUAUGAAUGACAAUCAAAGCCAAGCCUUCCAAAUUGAUGAAGAAAGAGUAGAAGCCAUUGGCUCCUUAGAGAGAGCUCAUCAAGAGCUCAAAGGGGAGCAAGUACAAGAUGACCAACAAACUAAGAGACUAGAGUCAGCUAGUGAUGAAAUAAGUACCGAAAUUGCAUCAAAAACCACCAAGGUCGAAUCUGAAGUAGAAGAUCUCAAGACUAAAAUUCAUGAAGUUGAUGGUCAGUUGAAAGAAACCCAAGAAGAGAAAAAUAGAAAUGUUGAAGAAGGAAGAAAGCUCCAAGAUGUUAUUGAUAUAGAAGAAGACUUGCAAGAAAAAGGGCUAUCGCAGGAAGCUAAGGAUCUUAGGAAUGAAAAUGAAACCCUUCAGAAACAAUUCCAGCAAUCAGCUUCAAUUCUCGUCAGUGAAAGAGAUGAGAGGGAUCAAAUGCUAGAUGACCAUAAGAAUCUAUGCCAGGAAUAUGAUUCUCAAAUCCAGGUAUUCUUCAGUAAAUUAUUCCAAACUGAAGAGUCAAGGAAAAUCCAUGGAGACCAUAGAAAUGAGAUCAUGCAUAAAGUAAAGAUACUUGAAAAUCAAGGAGAUUUCUUGGAACAAAAAAUUCAGAUCAGCGAGAUAGAUUUAGAUGCAUUCAAGACAGAACUUGAGUUACUCAGAAAUGACUACUCUCUUGAUGAGCAAGUCUUUAAUGAACAAAUUCAAGAAUUGCGAGGAUCUAUCUCUGAGCAGAACACAGAAAUCUCUGAUUUGAGAGAUAGGCUAAACCAAGUUGAAUGACAAAGAAAAAGUCUAGAUCUCAAAGUAGAAAAACAAAAACUUGACUUAGGCUCAUAUGAAAAGGAAAUUGAAGAAAUUGAAAAUUUGGGAUAUGAUCAACAAGUUACUGAUUUACAAGGAAGACUCAAGACAGUUGAAAAUCAGAGGAGACAACAUCAAGAUGAUCUGGAAAAAGCUCAGACAAAUCUUACUUCUAAACUUACUUUGUUCGAAGGUCUUGAAGAGAGAAGAAAUAAAGAGAGAGAAGAUCAUGCUCAAAGAAUUGAAAGUGAGAUUAUGAAAAUUGCUAAUCUCCAAAUGACUAUCAAUGACAUCCUAAGAUCUCUAGAUGAACUUGAAAGCAAACUAGCUAGUGAUGGAAACAAAGACAUUGUUGGAGCAGCACUUGAAAAUGAAAGAGAUUCUCUCACUCUCAAGUUAAAAUGGGCACUUGAGGAGAGAGACAAUAGCAGGAAUGAUAUCAAAGAAGCUAUUGAGCUCCUCAGAGCAAAGCAAGCUGAAGCUACUGAACAAGAGAGACAAAUUCAAAUUCUUCAGAAAGAGAUCAGAGAGGUCAUAGCAUUGGUUACAGAGAAGAAGACAAUUAUUACUGAGCUAGAACUUGAAAUUGAGAAAUGAGAUGAAAGAAUUGAGUUCCUAGUUAUCAGAAUUAGAGAGCUAGAUAAUGAAAUCCAUGAGCUCACUAUCAUCUUAGAUCAAAGAGAGAUGAGACUCAGAGAGCUUAGUGAAAUUAUUGGCAGACCACAACCAGUUGAAGUCCACUAUAAAGCUGUAAAGGGAGAUGAAGUUGAUGAAAUGCUUGCUCAAUAUCUGGAAAAUUGCCCAGUCCCAGUUAAAAGAUUGGGAGGAGGAUUCUACAUCUUCGGGACAAGGAAGAUCUAUGCUAAAAUUAUGAACGGGAAACUUGUCGUCAGAGUCGGAGGAGGAUACAUGUUUAUCUCCGAAUUUAUUGCGACUUACUCUGAGCCAGAAAUAGCUAAGCUUACUAAAAUAGCUUCCAACCUAGGAGUUGAAUCUAUCUGGGAUCUAGAUUUAGAAGAACUAUUCUUUAACAAAGGAGGAGCAAGUCCUAAGACAUCUGCACUUGAUAAAUCACCAAGAGGAGGGAUAGGAGUUGGUUCAUUCAAGAAAUCAAAGAAGGGUAAGACAGGAAACUUUGCUAUGAAUGGAAGCAAGAGGCCAAAGACAUUCAAAGGUGGGUUUUAAAGAUUUAAAGCCAUAUUGUAUCGCAUAAGCUUGCUCAAUAUACUG